AGACAGUGUCAUAAUUCAUAAUGGUAAAAUUGUCAAGUUGUUUUGAUUCACUUCGUCGUUUUUAUUACGUUAAAAUUAAAAUAUUAAAUUAAGAAUAGUAAAGUUUUAUCGAAAUUAAGCAUUUCACUUUGUGAAUAGUGUUGUUUUAUAAAUUAGUCAAGUGGAAAUAUGUUGAAUGUAACAUGAGCGAAAUGAGUGCGAAACCGACUAUUUAUCAUGAAAAACAAAUAAAAGAAUUGUGCGCCUUACACGCGCUCAAUAAUUUAUUCCAGACUCGAGGAACAUUUUCUAAAUCGGAACUAGAUGCAAUAUGCAGUCGCCUGUCUCCAAAUGUUUGGAUAAAUCCUCACAGAUCACUUCUUGGCCUUGGAAACUAUGAUAUAAAUGUGAUAAUGGCAGCGUUACAGAAGAAGGGCUGUGAAGCCAUCUGGUUUGAUAAAAGAAAAGAUCCCGGUUGCCUAGAUCUUGCCAAUAUUUGUGGAUUCAUAUUAAAUGUGCCUUCGGAUUACAAGCUUGGUUUUGUUAUGCUGCCAUUACGUCGUCGGCAUUGGAUCACAAUUAGACAGAUACAGGGAAACUUUUAUAAUCUUGAUUCGAAGUUGGACUCACCUCAGUUAAUAGGAAGGAGUUGUGACCUUAUCGCGUAUCUAAAGGAACAACUAGACAGCAAAGAGAAAGAACUAUUUAUUGUGGUGAGUAAAGAAGUCGAAGAGAAACAGCUUUGGAUGCACCAGUAUGUUUUGCCAACACCGGAGCCAAACUAUUGCCCUAAACUACCUCUGAACGGUGAAAGUCCAAGCGAAAGCAUAUCGUCCAACGGCCAAUAUGAUUAUAAUAAUAGAGACGCCGAGUGUCUCAAACUAAAUGAUGUCCAAAAUCAUAUCCUCAGCACAGAGAAUAACUGCUAAAAUAUUACUUUAGGUGAUUUUAGAGUAAAUGACUCAAAUCAUGAAUCAUCUUGUAAAGUAGACCCACUACCUUAUUGUGUUUCUAAGGUUUAUGAGGUGAGUCGUUUUGUUUCUAAAUUAGUAUUGGAUGAUAACGAAUAGCAAUCUGCUUGUGUUCACAUAAAUAUAUUUGUAUAAAUAUGUGGUAUGCAUGAGCACUUUUAAGAUUUGGGUUGAGAGGAUAUGUGUCAAAUCAGUUAAUUAAAUUAAAUCAGAAUGAGAAAUACAAUUCCAUAGUGACGAAUGUUUUUUUUUUUUGAGCCAAAGUGAAAUCUCAACUUGUAUUUGACUUCAGUGUAGGAGUGGAUUGCACUUGUUGCUCAUCGCUUGGGUCUCAACCUGUCGGGCUGGAACUCGCACUGAGCACAAGUGAGAUGAAGUGACACUGUCUAAAUCCCACCUCACUAGUCAUCAUUCCUGCCGUGUUUACGCCCUUAAUAUUAUCUGUAUGGGAUUUAUAAACAUAGGUAUGCACCAAUAUUUGGUGAGGCAAUAAUUAAUGUUACAAAAGUUUGUAAAUAUAUUCGUGUGAGAUUCGUCUUGUAAAUUGGGAUCAUGAUUAGAUAAUGUUUUAUUUUUUUUAUCUUAAUCGAAUAUUAAGUCGUUAGUUAAGUUGGGAACAGCAUAUUCAGGUUAGAAUAUAUCAAUUGUCAUAGCGAUAUUUGAUGUUUCUAUCAGUUUUGUUAAGCAGACAGAAUUAUGUCAGGCAUUUGUAGAUCCACAUUUAAUAUUAAUUCAGUACGGUACUUUGUUGUUCUUUGUGAAAAAUCACUAUCUUAGAUUCGCACUCAAAGUUUCCAAUUUUUCAAAAUGGCGCGUUGCUAUAAAUAACAAUCAAAGAUUAAACAUGCAAAAAAGAAUACGUCAAUCCAUAUUUCAUUUUGUAAUUUUAAUGCUGCCCGUAAAAUAUCGAGUUUUUUUAGCGGGAAAUUUAAAAUCAACCAUUUGAACAAUAUUGUUCUCAGAAAGUUUAUUGUUGUAGAUUAGAACAGUUACACAGAACACUCACGUUACUACAAUGUUAGAUCUUUGUCAUGCUCAUCAUUAAAUCUCGAAUAAAAUAAGAACAGUUUAGAAAAUUAAUUAACUUCUAUUUCUUAGUGUUAUUUCCUUAGUAUUAUUUCACCACCAACACUACUGACUCGGUGGUGCAGUAUUUAGUGCGCCUGAUUACUGGGCCGAGGGUCGUAGGAUACUUACUAGGGUUAGUACUUGAAAUUUACUCCAAACGUAUUGAAGUAUGUACAUCAAUCUCUGGUUCCCAGAGUACAGGAUAUCCUAGUUUGGGGCCAGAUGACCGUGCGUGACUUGUCGCGACUAUAUUAUUACUUUUGACACUGUUUCAUUUGACAUAAAAUCGGGAGGAUAAUCACAAAUUACAAAUCGGGGAACCUGACACAAUUUGUUUGUGUGGCUCUUAAUUAAGAAUCGACCGUUCCUAAGUGUUUUUAAUUUUUUAGCGAGGGUUUUUAAUAGCCCUUGGAGGUAGACGAGCAUACGGCCCACUUGAUGGUGUGUGGUUACCGUCGCUCAUGGACUUCAGCAAUGCCAGGGGCAGAGCAGAUGCCAGCAAUGGACUACUAAAGGUGUCGGCGUUGAUCGCAUCAUACUUUACGCUAGCCAGCAUCAGUCGUGCAAGUGUCCAAAAGUAUGAUCAUCAUUCUGUAUUCAAAUAAAUUUAAAUGUACUUAAUUAUUAUAAUUUAUUUUAUUUUUUAUUAAUUUUUAAUUUUAUUUUGUUACUGUUUUCAUUUUAUUUUAUGCUCACGUUAAGUUAUUUAUUCAAAUACACGCAUAAUGUAUCACUUCGUCUGUGAUAAUUUUGGUGUAUAGCGGGUUAUUGAUUGUACAUGUUAGAAUAAUAACUCUUUGAUUUACUUUUACGCGGGAAUACACAAUAUUUUGCUAUUUAUUUAAAAAUCAAACACUAGACUGAUAUUCAGAAGUUUUAUGAAAAAAUAUUUAGGGAGACCUAAUCUGAAAAUAUUGAAUUUUCUUUUUAAUUAAGCUAUAUAUUUAAUGGGUGAAAUUAAUUUCGAUAUUUAAAAUCACAAUUAUCAUCAGAGGCAUUGUGUCUGUUUAGAUUCAGUCCAAUCAAAUGUUUUCUUUUACUUCUGAUUGGCAGUUAAAUAGGUUAAUUUUGUGACGUUUAAAUUUAAAAUAAAAUCCGCCAUUUUAUCCGAUAAGGUUAGGAUUAUUCGCGCCUAAAUUUUAUUGGUGACCUCACUUAGGAGAGUGAAUAUAGGACUCCGCUUUUGCGGCCACGAAAUAUACUGCUCGUUCAAAACUUGCGCAUGGUUACCCUUGCCAAUGUAAAUCACAAUAAAAUAGAAUUAGUUUUUUUUUUCUGAAAUAAGUAGUAGUAGACUCUUAACAUUAUAAUGACACGCCAAAUGAAAUAACCAAAUCGUUCGGAAAUACAUAAAAAAAUACAUAUGUAAAUCGUUAAAAACUACCAAAUAAUAAAUUGUAAUUAAUCACGUAUAUGUACUUAAAUUGUAUUACGCACACGUAAUCUGGGUAUUUUGGUUCCUUUAAGCUAACAUUUUGUUGUUUUCGUGUAUUUGUUUUGUGAGACCGAUCGCAUUUGUAUCGGGGUUUGCGUAGUAGCGAUACGAGUACAUUAACACUUCUCCAACCCAACAGCAGCAAGAAAACAAGCGCUUUAAUAAGUUUACGGACGAAAAUUCAAAACCUCGUCCUUUUUUAUUCGAAGGCAGUUAAUAAAAAAUAACAUGUAAGGAUGAAACUAAACACUUCAAUGAUUUUGUAACUACGCCUACAAAAUAUCAAAAAGGAGUCUUCUAUACUGCCAGAAGUAUAGGUGAAAAUGUGAACUUAAAGGUCUAUAUACUGCCUGCCUAAUCGCUUCCCGCCCUUAUCACUUUAUUUACCCUUAUCACGCCCUUAUCAGUUAUCACUAUAUGUGGGGUUGGCGUAGCAUGUCCUCUUUUUUUCAAGCAGGCCUAUCAAACAUCUCUUAGAUUUUUAUCUCGCAUAUCCUCUCUUACAGAGUCCAUCUAAAUCUUUUUAGGACGCCUCCUCCUCACACCACCGCCUACUUUCGUUACCAGUCUUUUUGGUCACAUGAUCUUCCUCUCUUAACAAAACGAUAACCCUCUUUCUUUUUUUUUCUUCUCUCCUUUUAUUUUAAUUAUGGAAAUUGGGUUCUUGCGAUAUCAUUGUCGAGUUUAUAGAAAUCAUAAAUUACUUAAUACAUAUUCUGUUAUAUCAAAAUGGUAUGGAACGAAAUGAGUGAACUUGAUUUAUUGUAGAGAUUGUAAUAAAUUAGAAUGAUAUUAAAUGAAAAGAAAUGAGAUAAAAUUCAAUAUAGUCUCAGGAAAAUGGUGAUUAUUUACGGAGACUUUAGUGGACUUUUUGAAAGAACCUGAGAAGCCAUGUCCAGCUACUUCAUUACAUUUUCGGACAACUAUGCACUUUCAUCGAUGCUAAACAUUUAGUAACUUCCCGAUAUUACGUGUUUAAACCUGAAAAAAACACUAAACUAAAAAAAAAUAACAAUUCGCUUCUCACUUCCAAAAAGGCCAGACCGACCUUCACUCUUUACUCUCACUAGCUCUAUAAAUUAUCAAAGAGUUCCAAUUUACCCAGAUCGUAAAAUAGAUAUAUAUAUGUCGGAGCACGCCAGGUAUGGCUGAGCGGUAGUUUCGUCAUCACUCGUAUUCGAUUGAACUCAGUUUAGUUAAUAAAACUUUUUGAAUAACAAUUAUUGAAACUCAACACACACAACUUUCACAAUGACAGGAUAAACCGACAGUUUCGUUGCACAUACCGACAGACCGACUGACUGAGACGGACGGAAUGACUGUCUGACACGGAAUGCCACGACUCUGUCCACGUACCGCCAUUUUAUACUGUGGCGUUACGUAGUCUACCCUUCAUUUUGUGAUAUUUAUCAAAACAACAUCUCAUCAUUUAAAAUAAUAAUCAAAACCACAGUCUUUUACUAAAAGUCGUUAUCCACGACAACUAAAAGUCGUUAUCCACGACACGGCCAUUCUGACAUGUCACACGUCCCUGUGUGACGCUCCUGCAAGAAAAACUACCUUUUGCAAUAUCAAACAGGUUUCAUCUCGGCCAAUCCUGAUACAUUCACGAUUGAGGAUUGGGAUUCCUUUCAUUACAAACCAUAACGUUAGCUCUCAACAAGAUCUUUAACAGACCAUGUUAACCUGUGUGAGUAGAUAACUUAAUUACCCAAUUAUUAGUGAUACACUAUACAACUGAAAAAUUUCAUUAAUGCUCAAUAAGCAUUAGAAACCCGAGUUAUUACAAAACAACUCAAUCUGAGCAGUAUUUCAUCAGUAUUCUGUAUCAACCACAAACUAUCGUUACAAUUACUUCCAUCUAGUGAGAGUAACUCAUGCCACCUAUAUCGAGUGACGAUAAACCAAUUCAAGUGCCACCUCCAUCAAGUAGCUCUUGACUACUUAUUGCCUCCAUCCGGCAAAUAAGUGGGACCUCCAUCCGGUACCCAACUUCAACACAAAACACUAAUGCCUCCAUCCGGCACGCAAGUGGAACUUCCAUCCAGUACCCACUUCAACCAUAAAACACAUCACAAUGCCUCCAUCCGGCAAUAAAACGAACACAUCACCUAAAUUUUUUUUUUUUUUUUUUUUUUUUUUUUUUUUAUUGCUUAGAUGUGUGGACGAGCUCACAGCCCACCUGGUGUUAAGUGGUUACUGGAGCCCAUAGACAUCUACAACGUAAAUGCGCCACACACCUUGAGAUAUAGUUCUAAGGUCUCAGUAUAGUCACAACGGCUGCCCCACCCUUCAAACCGAAACGCAUUACUGCUUCACGGCAGAAAUAGGCGGGGCGGUGGUACCUACCCGUGCGGACUCACAAGAGGUCCUACCACCAGUAAUUACGCAAAUUAUAAUUUUGCGGGUUUGAUUUUCACUGCACGAUGUUAUUCCUUCACCGUGGAAGUCAAUCGUGAACAUUUGUUGAGUACGUAUUUCAUUAGAAAAAUUGGUACCCGCCAGCGAGAUUCGAACACCGUUGCACCGCUCGAUACGAAUGCACCGGACGUCUUAUCCUUUAGGCCACAACGACUUCAACUUUAAGCGAGCUUAAAUCGAGCGAUGUGUUCAAUUACCAGUCAUAAAUGACACCGAAUACUGUUCUUUACUAAUCACACAAAAUAGGACAACAAAAUCCUUACUUUAAUCAGUCAGUUGUAUCGUGGUCAUUUGAUCCUACAUCUUCUACAUCACUAGUUUCAACAAAAUCGUAUAGAACGCUCCUGGCCUGGCUGCCGGCGCAGCUAGUGACAUUGCCACCCACAUUAUCAUUAAAACAAAUGAUAAAACCAAUACACAUCAUUUCACAAUAUAGAGUCAAAGUCAUUACUAGACCAACACAACAAUAGUCUCCAUUGAGACCCAGGUCUCCGCUGUACCAAUCGAUGGAGAUGCUCUCACCUCACUGAUCAGUCUCGUCAGUAGCACUACUUAGAGGCAACCUUAUGUAAUCAUAGGUUCUAUUACCAGUUAAAGCCUCAAAAUUCAACAUCAAAUUUUACUAACUUUCCAAUGUUCUGGUCUCGUCAAAGUUAAUCUCUUACUUUCAGUAUCAUUUUAAGUAAAAACCUUUAGGGAUAUGGCACGCGAACUAUUAAGAAUUCGAAGGGGCUCACUUUUGUUAUUCUUAUGGUAGAACAAUUUAAAAUAGAUGUACGGCUUCUAGCACUUCUUGUCAAGAACAAUUCCAUGAGCUCACCGCGAGCUUGGUCAUCAAUAACGCAAGUCUGGGCUUCGAAUAAGGACACUAGAUUUAAGUGUUCUAUUUCGCUGAAUGCUCAAUCUCACUGAACCGAUUAAAACAACUAUCAGGUAGUACAUGACAUACAAUAGGUAAGCAAUAAACCAUCGCAUAGGAUUUGUUCCGUACAGUUUUGAGUCAAAACAACAGAAACCUUUUAUGAGAACCAUCGUAUAAAAUUGAUGAGUUAUGAAGCUACUACUAAUAGAUUUCUUGACAAGAGAGCAUUCGGCACCCGAAUCCAAAUAAAAAUAAUACGACUCACCAGAUUGUUCUUAUUUACCAAAAUUGCCCGAUGUUACGCAGCUACCGGCACGUUGCUCCGCUCGGCCGGUGAAUAGUUGACCCAUCGAGCGCCGACAGACGGCGUUUGCGUCCCAUAUCUCGUAUUGGCUGCAGCAAUCACGUGUCGAAUGCGACACGGCCUUCCUGAUUGUACACGUCCUCGUGUGAUGGUUAACCUACAAUCAAAAACAUCCACGAGAACACUUGUUCCGCUCGAUCACUCCUGACUACACUUUACGACUUAUCGGAAAAUUUAAAGUCAUCAAAGCUUUAAACUGUUUUAAUACCAUUUUAACCACAUCAAACAAUAGGGUAUACAAAGUUCACUAUUCAGCAGCCAGAGCACGUACCACAGUCGUUCAUCAAACUUCAAAUUUACUCUGUACAAUCAGGCAUAGCUUACAGGAACUCAGAUCAAAGAAAACUUCCGAGUAAAAAUAUCUAACGCCACGGCUCUCCAGCCGACCAGCAAUCACAAUUGCCCUCAUGAUGCGCAUCCACAGCGUGGAUCGCCCGUGUGCAUCACCCGCUGACUACACACGAUGGUCUUUACAGACCCCGACCUCCGCCAGAGCCAAACGCGCACCGCGCACCCACGGACUACUUGAGUUGCCUCAAGAGACACCGAUUUCUACCGGGCUACGACUACGUAAUAGCUACUGGUACGGUCGAACACAAUACGGCCGAUAGACUAUCCUUACUCGAGUUUUCACCACAAUUUAAGCUUGCUCUUCAUCAUCAUCAUUUACAUCAACCUCGACUGGUAUGUGUCAUGCUGGCAUUUUUCUUAGCCUAUCAUGUGGGUAUUUGUAAGUACGUUUUGAAUUUAAAGCUUUCAAUGUGUAACGGUCACCAUUCAAUACUUCAACUACUUUAAACGGCCCUUUAAACUUCGUAUCUAAUUUCGUUUGAUUACGCUCUUCGUUUUAAUGUGUGGACGAGCUCACAGCCCACCUUGUGUUAAGUGGUUACUGGAACACAUAGACAUCCACAGCGUAAACGCACCACACCUUGAGAUAGAACUUCUAAGGUCUCAGUAUAGUUACAAUCGCUGCCCCACCCUUCAAACCGAAAUACACCACUGCUUCACGGCAGAAAUAGGCAGGGUGAUGGUACCCGUGCGGUCGAUGGCACUAUACGGAGCACCCGUCUGGUGCCACGUCCUUACCCACGAGAACGUCGCCGCGCUGCGACGCCGGCCGCGCGCGAUCGCAGUCAGAGUUAUUCAAGGAUACCUCACAGUCUCCUACAAGGCGGCGUGCCCUAGCGCAAGUGCAGCCGGAGCGCGGAGGCUCCAAUCUCGGCAGUCCGUGCUGGAGGCGUGGUCUCGUCGUUUGGCGGACCCGUCGGCCGGCCUCCGUACCGUCGAGGCGAUCUGCCCGGUUCUCGCGGACUGGGUGGGCCGCGACCGCGGAAGUCUCACCUCCGGCUACCUGUGCAGACUCACAAGACAUUUUACCACCAUGCAAACUUCUUAUCGCAACAAAUCUUACCAGCCAACACGCAAACUACAAUUUUACGGGUUCCACCUCUCCUACACGAUGUUACUCCCACACUGAGGAAGCCAACCGCGAACACUUGUCAAGCACGCAAAAGCACGCACUUCACCGGAAAAACCUGCAUCCGCCAGCGGAACCCGAACACCGCCGCAUCGCCAGACAUGAACGCACCGGACGUCUUAUCUUACAGGUCACGACGACUUCAGAUGUGUCAAUUUUUCUUCCCCACGGAAACCUGCUUGCUUUCUUGUUUGCUUGCUUGCUGGAGCCCGAAGUAAUUGAACGUGUAGUGUUAUUGGUAUUGAAUCUAGUAGAUUCUAAAAUUUCAGCGACAAUUCACAGUCUCAUGUCCUGGUUUACUGCACUAGUGCCAUGUAACUCUAGCAGAACUCAGCGGCUUAAAAUAAUUCUUGUCGGAACUACCCACUCGUCAUGACAGAUCCAUUAUUGCGAUCGAAGUUUCACUUGAGAUUUGCACUUGCCUUAAUUUCUUGCAAUAGCUUGUUACGUGUUGUAUUUCCGCUAGUAAAUGCCAUGUGAUGAAGUCGACAGUCAAACUGGGCAACAUGAGCCAGAACGUAAGAUGUGAUGAUUUCUUCGUGGCUCAGAUCUUCUAUCAAGGUAACAGAGACGUUAUUACAAGACUUACGUAUGCUGCAUUCACGCUCUUGUGGCGUACCAUUACUAGUAUUCUGAUCUGCAUCAUGUUUUUUUGCUGUACUUCGAACAUGUUCAAACACGUCACGCCAGUGAGAGUAGAGUCCUGAUCCCACUUCUGAUGUCGGAGCACGCCAGGUAUGGCUGAGCGGUAGUUUCGUCAUCACUCGUAUUCGAUUGAACUCAGUUUAGUUAAUAAAACUUUUUGAAUAACAAUUAUUGAAACUCAACACACACAACUUUCACAAUGACAGGAUAAACCGACAGUUUCGUUGCACAUACCGACAGACCGACUGACUGAGACGGACGGAAUGACUGUCUGACACGGAAUGCCACGACUCUGUCCACGUACCGCCAUUUUAUACUGUGGCGUUACGUAGUCUACCCUUCAUUUUGUGAUAUUUAUCAAAACAACAUCUCAUCAUUUAAAAUAAUAAUCAAAACCACAGUCUUUUACUAAAAGUCGUUAUCCACGACAACUAAAAGUCGUUAUCCACGACAUAUAUAUAUCAGUAGAUUUUUUAAAAGGUAUUAAAAUAUUAUGAAUGUACAUAAAAUGUAUGUAGCGUAUUGACGAUUUUAUUUAAUGUUUGCAGCUAUGAUUGUUUUGCAGCCUUCAUACAUAUUAACGAAAUAUUUAAACAGUGGAAAACUUUAAAGUUUUUGAGGUUAUUUUAAGAUAUUUUAUCAAUUCACCUUUUACGAUUUGGAAAACAUAUUUUUUUGUUAAUACCAAAUGAUAAAGCAGUAAAUUUUAAAUAAUAAUUUAUUUAAAAUAUUCUUAAUUUACGAUUUUUAUUUUAUAAAUGUUCAUAGAAAAACUUUCAACGAAAAUGUUUAAGAUGCUUAGAAAUUAUGAAUGCCUUGUAAUUUUAUUUUCGAGUUUUGUAUUCAGUUCGUAAUUAGGUACCUUCAUGCGAAAAUAACUUAUCUGUAUUAAAUUAAUAUGAGACAAAGAAAAAUCGAGAAAAGUAAAAUGUCUGCACAACUUUUCUUUUUAUGAAAUAGUAGGUAUUAUAAUUUGGUGAAAGCUUUCCAAAUUUGAAUUUGUGCUUUACAUUCUCUGGCAUGAAGGUAUGAAAGGAAAGCAUUAGGAAAGCAUUUCUAAAUAGUGCUUGGUAAAUCAGUGUGUAUUAAUAUGUAUCACGGAGACAAUCUUGUAGUUUUAAUUGUGAUUAGAUUCGAAGACUCGAUUUUUUACUUGUCUUUUAACUUGAAAACUUUUGUAAAUACUAAAAUAUUUUUUCAUGAAAAAAAAAAAGAUUUUUGAUCAUUUU